ACCAUUGCUGCAACUCAGGACAGAGAGAAGUGGAGGUCCACGAUCGCCCACGCUAGUCGGCAAGGCACCGGAUGAUGAUGAAAAUAGACGCAAUCACUUUUGGGUCUCGCGCUCUCGAAAGCCCAUGGUUUAACUUAGUUUAAGUAUUUUACUUCUUUGUCUUCUUUGAUAUUUUGGGAAAGCCCGGAGCGCAAUACUCCGCACUUCUCAUUCACUUCGAUGAACGUGCGAGUGUAUCACUCUGUCGAAGUGCCAAUGGUGUUGAGGGCGCAUGUUAUCAGUUGUGAUCAGAGAGAUCAAGAACUGAAACCGCGCGCCUUUGGGCGACUGAGGUAGGAUCUGUUCACGAUGGCUCGGCCGGCGACGAGGCGUAGGGAGCAGGAAUUCUUUAGCUUUCUCUCCAAGUCGGUCAUCCUCCUGUUCUUCCUCCUAGUGAACGGCAUCUCGUUUACCAUCAAACCCGAGAUGGCCACCAUGUUCGUGGUGCCCAGCGUCUGCCUGCUCUUCCAGAAACGGUUGGUCGGGGUCAGCGUGACCGUCAUGGCCUUCGUGGUGGCCUCCGCCCUGAUCACCAGUUUCGAGUCGGACAUCGUUUACGUGCUCGACGUGCACAUUCUCUUCUACAGCACCGUGCUCUUAAAAAACGUUGCACAGCGAGCAAGUUUGGCAUAUGAAGCAAAAAAAUUAAAAAAUCGCAAAGAACAGGAGAAGAAUGCUCGCCAACCGAGACCUAUAUAAUGAUUUAUCCACAUCCGGGUCAUCUCCACUGAGAUUUUCCAGAAGUUAAUGGAAGAAAAAUCAAAGGGCAGCAAACCAUCAAAUCUAUUGUCUUUCUUUGUGAUGACAGAGUUAAUUGUUCCUGUAUAAAGAACAGCUUCACAAGCGCGUGUAAUGUAUAUUGAGUGGAAUACAUGUUCUGAGUGCGAUGUACAGGGAAAA